UUGGAAUAUAUAGCUCCUCUUAUUGGAAGCACCGCGACUCGUUGAUUUCCUACAUCAAUUGCUUCUAAGGCACUGUUUACGGUAAAGAGACCAUAAAGAAUCGAAAGAAAUUGAGAGAAAAUGACUGAAAAGACCGUUUCUGUUGAAGAAGUGUUGAAACACAACACUCGCGAGGAUUUGUGGAUCGUCGUCAAGGAUAAUGUCUUUGACAUUACAAAGUUCAUUGAGGCCCACCCUGGUGGUGAAGAAGUCUUGGUUGAUCUUGCUGGUCAAGAUGCAAGCGGUCCUUUUGAGGAUGUCGGUCACUCGGAAGAUGCUCAAGAAAUGCUCAAAAACUUUCACGUCGGCAAGUUGGUUAAGACUGAAGGUGGUCCCGAAUUGCCCACAAAGGGUGCGUUCUCUGACAGCAAGUGCUAUGACUCUUCCCAGCCUAUUCAUCCAGCAAUGUGGAUCUUUGUUGUUGCUAUGAUUGGUGCUUACAUUGCUUUCCGAACGUAUUUUAUCAAGUAAGCAACAUGGAAAUGCAAUUCAUAACCUCAAGAAAAAAGAAGAAAUAGGAACAAUCCUCAAUUUUUUUUCCAGCUACGGAUGAAGUUGAUGGUUUGAAGUUUCGUCUUUGAUGGUAAUACCUCUUCAUUUUCUUUUUUUCAUACGUUAUUCAUUGUUCUUGUCCUCACCUUUGCUUCCUUUCCUUUCUCGUAAAUAUCUGUUUGUGUUUAUUUGGCAAUGAAUAUCCCUAGAUCCCCUUUUCCUUCCACUUAGAAUUAUUUUGGAUGGCUUUUCUGUACGAAUUCUUUUUCUUUCAGAAUGGGUCUGAUCCCGAAGGCCCAUCCUCUCGAUCUUUUUAUUUACUUUACCUAUCUUAAAUUAUUUUAUAACACUCGCUUGUCUUUAAACAUCUGUAAACUUUGGUCUCAUUCUCCCUUCGUCUCUUACUUAUAUUAGCUAUUAUUAUGUAUCUACCAUAGAACAGUGUCUGAGCUUUGUCUUCGCUCUUUGCCAUCUUUUCGUUUUCUUAUUUGAAAGCAGUUCUUGAAAAUGUGUUUUUGAAGAAAAGAACCGCAAAACAAGCAGACGAAAGACGCUAUAAAAUCUACAUUUUUACUUCGAUCAUUAUUCUCUUUGGUAUGAAAAAGGGAAGUAUUAUAUAGAAUAUCAAUUGU